AUGAGGCUAAAAGUCCAGUGCCAUGCCUUCUUGGUGGGCAAGGGACUCAUUGAAGCUAGCGAUCCAUUCUUCAGUGCAAUGCCACAUGAGAAUGCACCGCUUUAUAUAACCACCUGGAUUAUGCAUCAAUGUGAUUCAGUCAACCUGGAUGGCUCAGAGAAAGAUGUAAAUCAAGAGCGAUCAACAUAUGCACAUGCCCAGAAGAUGUGGGCAGCAAUGACCUAUGUCUUUGGGCGUAUCCAUGGACUUGGUACACUUCCUUGGCAUAAGGAUUCCACAGGAAAAAUGGUUGGGAACCCCUCUGUGUCUGUUGCCAUUUCAAGUUAUAUGGUCCAAGCAGGAGAAACAGCAACAAGUGCACAGGCAAUCGCAUCUAAAAAUUGCUCAGAAUGGAGGCAAGGAAAUUAUUUCAUUCAAUGUCUAGCUGAACUAAUAAUCGAAUCAUCAUAUACAGACAUCAAGCCAUUUUUUUGGCACCAACUCUCCGAAGCAGAGUGGCACUUGUGUCCAGUAACAGCACUUGCAGAGUGGCUUGCAUACUCCAAGAUUAAGCGAGGCCCUCUUUUCCCUAAAAUGAAUAAACACGAGCAAAUCCUCCAAAAUCAGUGCAUCUCCAUGCUCCAUAAGCACAGAGAAAUUCCUGGAAUGCUUCAGGAAUAA